AUGAUCAAUAUUCCGUCUGAGACUGCGCUGUCGAAGGUGUACCCGGGAGGGAAGCUAUUGCGUGGAGAAGAGGCAGCCGGAAAUUCGCUGACGAGUGACCACAUCAACUGCGUGCCUACACGGCGAGAGGGAAACGUCAUGAACUCAAACCACAACGACACAUUCGCGAGGUCAACCCCAUUCUUCGGCUUUGACGGCAUGCGAGCAAGAGUGUGCGGGAGGAAGGUGUACGUCACCGACACUUGUGUUUGCGAGGUCGAGGGAGAGGCUACCCUAUGCCGAAUGUUGGAGAUAUUCUACGAUGGAGAACGUGGGUUGGUGCUCGUAACCGUGCGGCUGUUCAGGGGGGCGAGCGAGGUACGGGGCGUGGGGAAUGAGGAGAGACGUGGCGGACUGUUCCGGGUGUGGGAGGAUUGCACCUGCAACUUGGAGUUGAAGGCCAACGACGUUUUGGGGCUGGUUGAGAUGGAGACGCCGCACGAGAUGGCGGCAGCUGGCCACCCGUACCCAUGGGACCGCUUUUUCGGGGAAGGUUUUGUAAGGCAGACCAGUACCAAGCGAGCACUGCAGAGUAACGCCAGGCCUAAGCCGUUCGCGGUGACGGACCCUCGAGGGUCCUACUUUGGAUGGGCUUGGCGAACGCCAGCGGUUCAGCGGUUGAAACAUCAAACGCACGUCGGCACACUCGCGAGCCCGGGAGCUUGCAGGCAGGGGGAGACCGGCCUGCAGUGCGAAAUACUUGGACUGCUAAAAAAUGGAUGCCUGGGGCGGUGCAAGCUGACAGACGAAGAAGGGGCGGCGUUUGAGCAAGAGGUUUUUGUUCGUGGCGGUCUGCUGCUGAUGUGUGGGGAUGGACAAGGGCGCUCGAAAUUUCUCGGCACGAAGGCUCCCAACAACUGGUCCAAACAUCCGUGCGCGUACUGCAUGAUGAGUCAACGCGACGAUGACACCGGCGGCGAUCUGGGGAACCCAAGGUUCGACAUCGACAAGCACCGCCGCACAUGGGGCCAGAUAACGGAUGGCUUGUCUGAGCUGGAUGCUCUCGCGGAUGUCCCUCACGAGCAGGAUCGACGAUCAAGAGACCUGGGAAUGCGAUCGACCAUCAAGAGACCUGGGAAUGCGUCAGGGCUCCCCCUCCCUCUAUUCACCGCCAUGCGCAUUGUUCCGACGGAGAACGUACCCGUCGAGCGACUGCACUUCGAUGCGCUGGGGCAAAGUCAGCUUUGCCAGGUGUUCUUCUUGGAGAUGCUCUCCACUGCAGGUCGCCGGCUUGUCUCAGCCAUCAUGGCCCAGAAGCCAUCUUUACUCUACCCACCCGGAACGCGGAAGCUGAAGGAUGUCGUGACCAACUACGUUUCUCUGAAUGGCAGCGACAAGUGGAUACUGCAAUCGAUCGUGCUUCUCGUUUUCCGGAUAGUUCUCCAGGAUGUUUCGGCAAUGGGGCAAAGUCAGCUUUGCCAGGUGUUCUUCUUGGAGAUGCUCUCCACUGCAGGUCGCCGGCUUGUCUCAGCCAUCAUGGCCCAGAAGCCAUCUUUACUCUACCCACCCGGAACACGGAAGCUGAAGGAUGUCGUGACCAACUACGCUUCUCUGAAUGGCAGCGACAAGUGGAUACUGCAAUCGAUCGUGCUUCUCGUUUUCCGGAUAGUUCUCCAGGAUGUUUCGGCAAUGAUCUACACGCACGGGCGAAUCUCGACGUGCCUCACUCAAACUACCCACACAGAGGGUAGCAUUUUAGGUGCGUCAAAGGGCGGCACCUCACCACGGUACAGGGAGACACCACCCUUGUUUGCUGCUGUCAUGACUCCCGGCCAUGAUGUUUACCUGGCAAAGGAGAACAUGACUACAAGGGAGAUCAAUGACCUCGUCACGGAGUGGGGAACGUACGACAAGGUCUUGGAGGCGCUGCGGGAGCUUAUAAAACGGUUGUCUCUCAUGUCUUUCGCCCUCCGCGCGCCAUCUUUCACCGAAACGGAGCUACGGCAACUCGACAAACUCGCGCGUGACGCGAUUGGAAUAUGCCCGGACGCCAGCACGGGUGAACACACCCACCAGGUGAACAGGUCUGGAAGGGGUGUGGGCUGCGGUAGGAGGCCUUCACUGCACAUGGCCUUGCGGGCGAUCAUCAACAGCGCAUUAUUGGCGUUAUCCAACGGGCUGCCGUACAGAGUCACUAGGUACAACCGACAGAACAGAACGCACGAGAUCGUCGCCCUUCAACCCGGUGAUGGCUGUGUCCGUCUCAUGCAGUCGCCGGCGAGCUUCCUCGGCCAUGACCGCGUGCCCACAGACAUUCACGCGGAGAAGGAUCAGACGCCAGAAGAGCUUAGCGGACAGUACCCGGGAUCUGCGGUUUGGACCGCUUCUCUGUUCAACAACGGGGACGAGCAGCAGCUAGAUGGCGAGUGGCGUACUCGCCUGGCGUCCAGCAAGUUACGCCCAGACGAACAGACCUUACUGCGCGCAUACCGGACGUACUACGGGUGCGGCAUGGCGGGUCCGUGCUCAAGCAGCCGCUGCCCGGACUGCUGGGACGGAGACACCCUUCAACAAGUUUCCAUCGACUGCUCCCGGUACACCCGGGUACCCAUGGUAGCAAGUUGUGGCCUUGGUCGCUUGAAGGGCGGCGACGUGAAGUCGGCGGCGCAGGCUGGGCCGCNACGCCCAAACGAACAGACCUUACUGCGCGCAUACCGGACGUACUACGGGUGCGGCAUGGCGGGUCCGUGCUCAAGCAGCCGCUGCCCGGACUGCUGGGACGGAGACACCCUUCAACAAGUUUCCAUCGACAGCUCCCGGUACACCCGGGUACCCAUGGUAGCAAGUUGUGGCCUUGGUCCCUUGAAGGGCGGCGACGUGAAGUCGGCGGCGCAGGCUGGGCCGCGUGACGAGUGGGCUCUCGGGAGUGGCGGAGGGGACAACGUAGAGAUGUACAAGCAACUUUCCCCGAUGCCCGCGGCGGGCCGUGCGGAUCCUACAGAUCUAGCCCUGGUGGAGAUUCUGUACUUCUUCCGCCACGAGGGCAAUCGGCCUGUAAUGGGUGGGAACCCACCACCGCUCACGUGGUGGGUGCUCGGUUACGACUACAAUGGGGUUGCUCACGCCAACGACCGCGUCCCCGAUUCAAUCACCGGGCAUCCGACGCUGAACCUUCGAGCCCGCGGCCGUCCGGCGGUGUACCCUGUAUCUGCCAUCUAUCGGCAGGUUCAUCUCUACCACGCAUGCUCGCUGAGCGGCGAAGGUGAAGCUGGCAGCUCUCACGUUUGCGGGGUAGUGACGGGCGGGGAAGGGUCGGGUCAUGGGGCUGGUGCUUGGCGCCACAGAUUCCGCCAGGCUACGCCGGGGACCACCGGGUACGACAAGUACAUAUUGAAUGAGUGUCACCACUCCAUCAACCAAGACACUGUCGUCUGA